AAGGAAGCUUUGAGUCUCUGUUACUGAUAGAGGAGGGCGUUUAUGUUUUGGUUCUGUCAAAAGAAGCAUCUCAUUCAGAAGCAUGGAUGGAACUGCAAGUCUUUGCUUGGUGCUUAUACUUGUGAGCUCCAUGCCCAGUGCUAAAAUGCUCCAAUCCACUAUGAUGUUAGAUAUGGCUGAAGUCUUGCUGGAAAAUUACUGCUUCCCGGAAAACUUGGCAGGUAUGAAGGAGGCCAUCCGGCAGGCUAAUCAGAGCGAGGAGAUCCUACAUGUGAGUGAGCCACACACCCUGGCUGCCGUGCUGACGGCCGGGCUGCAGGGGGCUUUGAAUGAUCCCCGGCUACGAAUCUCCUACGAGCCCGGCACCUCUGUCCAGGAGCCAGCGCCUGUCCCUCCCCUCAGCCGCGAGAUGCACCUCCAGCUGGUGCAGAGCUCCGUCAAAUUUGAGAUCUUGGACAACAACGUAGGCUACUUGCGGAUUGACCACAUCAUUGAGGAGGAGAUGGUCAAAGAGCUUGGCCCCAUUUUGGUGGAGAGGAUUUGGGACCAUAUUGUGACCACCAAUGCACUCAUCCUGGAUCUGAGAUACAGUGAAAGCGGUAAAAUCUCUGGGGUCCCCUUUCUCAUCUCCUACUUCUGCCAAGCCAAUGAUCAAAUCCACAUUGACUCUGUCUAUGACCGGCCGUCCAAUUCCACCCAGGAGCUCUGGACACUGCCUAGUGUCCUGGGGGAGAGAUACCGCCAGGACAAGGACCUGUUGGUGCUGGUCAGCAGCCACACCCAAGGGGUGGCAGAGGAUGUGGCCUACAUUCUGAAGCACUUGGACCGGGCUCUUCUGGUGGGUGAAAGGACCGCAGGCGGCUCACUCAAUGUCCAGAAGUUCCGAAUUGGCACCUCAGAUUACUUCAUCACUGUCCCCCUCUCAAGGUCCAUCAGUCCCAUCACUGGCCAAAGCUGGGAGGUGAAUGGAGUUUUCCCAGUGGUGCUGGUCAGCGCUGAUAGGGCACUAGAGAAAGCCACCUCUAUCCUAGCCAUCAGGAAGGCAGUGCCCAAUGUGAUUGCCAGGGUAUCGAAUCUACUGGGCAAUUACUACGCCUUUGUGGAUCACGUCCCUGCCCUGCUACGCCAAAUCUCCAAACUGACCCCCUCAGCAGUGAUUUCUGAGCAAGACCUGGCAGCCAAGCUCAACUGCGAGCUGCAGGCCAUCUGCGAGGAUCCCAGGUUAACCAUCAGAGUGAGCCUAGUGCCACCCCAAUCCAUGGUGCCCAACCCUUCAGUGGACCCAGCCGGCGAUGCCAGCUCCCUGCUACACCUACUGGACUCCCUGUUCCAGCUGGAUGUCCUGGAAGGCAAUAUUGGUUACCUGAGAUUCGACCAGUUCCCUGGCGAUGCCCUGAUGCCUGCACUCAGCCCUCACCUGGGCGCUAAGGUGUGGGCACCCCUGAGGGACACUGAUGCUAUGAUUGUCGACCUUCGCUUCAACUCAGGUGGCCCUUCUGCCUCAAUCUCGCUGCUGCUGUCCCACUUCCAAGAGCCAGCACCACCCGUCCUCUUCUACACAGUGUAUAACCGGCUGAGCAAUACCAGCCAAGAGUUCUCGACCCUCCCGGCCCCAGAUGGGACCCUGUACAGCUCAGAGAAGGAUGUCUAUGUGCUGACCAGCCACCGGACUGCCUCUGCUGCUGAAGAGUUUGCCUACUUGAUGCAGUCACUCAACCGGGCCACUGUAAUUGGAGAGAUCACAUCUGGGACCCUACGCCACUCCAGCUCCUUCCCAAUCGGAGAAACCAACCUAGUUAUCACAAUCCCAUUCCUCAAUUUCUUGGAUAACAAUGGCGAGUAUUGGUUGGGUGGUGGCGUGGUGCCCGAUGCCAUUGUGUUAGCAGAGGAGGCACUUGAGAAGACCAAAGAGGUGAUGACCUUCCACGCCAAGCUCUUUGAGCUGGUCGAGGAGACGGCCAACCUGCUCAAAGCCCACUAUGCCAUGCCUGAGGUGGCAGCCCAAGUCAGCUCAGUGCUCCAUGCCAAACGGCUGGAAGGGUGGUACCGCUCGGUGGUGGAUAGCGAGUCAUUGGCCUCGCAGUUGACCAGUGACCUGAAGGAGGCAGCCGCUGACCACCGGCUCCAAGUGUUCUGCAGUGCAUCCGUGCCCGAGCCACCGGAAGAGGCUCCCGAGAGUAUCCCAUCGCCCGAAGAGCUGGGCAGCAUACUCCGUGCCCUGUUCAAGGUGGAGGUGCUACCCAGCAACGUGGGCUACCUGCGCUUCGACCUUAUGGCGGGGGCCGACACCAUCAGGGCCAUCGGACCCCAGUUGCUGGAGCAAGUAUGGAACAAGCUGGUGGACACGGAGAGCCUGGUCAUUGACAUGAGGUACAAUGUCGGUGGCUACUCCACUGCCAUCCCCAUUCUGUGCUCUUACUUCUUUGCCCCUCAGCCUCUGCGCCACCUCUACACAGUGUUUGACCGGCCCUCCUCGACCAGCUCACAGAUAUGGACCAUGCCCAAGGUCUUGGGGCGAAGGUACUCCCCCGAGAAGGACAUCUACAUCUUAACCAGCCACAUCACAGGCUCAGCAGCAGAGACUUUCACCAGGGCCAUGAUGGAUUUGAAGAGGGCGACAGUUGUCGGGGAGCCAACUAUUGGUGGAGCAUUGUCAAUAGGCACCUACCGGAUAACACACAGUGACCUCUACAUGGCCAUCCCCAACCAGGUGGUGCUCAGCAGCGUCUCUGGCCAGGUUUGGAGUGUUUCUGGGGCUGAGCCCCAUGUCCCCGUCCAAGCCAAUGAAGCCCUACAGGUAGCCCUCGGCAUUGUCCAACUCCGUGCCAAAAUCCCCUGGAUCAUCCGCACAGCCGGGGAGCUGGUGGCUGCCAACUACGCCUCGGCUGAAAGCGGGGCAUCAGUGGCUGAGCACCUUGCCCACACCCUCAGCCUGGACCAGUACAGCGGCAUCAACUCCGAGCUGGAGCUGGCUCAGAAACUGUCCGAGCACCUUCAGCAGCUGUCGGGCGACAAACACCUCAGGGUAGCUCACAUUCCAGAGAACCGAAAGGAUCACAUUCCCGGAGUGGUGCCAAUUCCGAUUCCUCCCCCUGAGAUGUUUGAGGACCUCAUCAAAUUUUCUUUCCAAAUAAAGGUGUUUGAUAACACUGUCGGCUACCUCCGAUUUGACAUGUUUAGUGAUCUCGAGCACAUCAACCGGGUGUCAGAUCUUAUGGUGCAACAUGUCUGGAAUAAGAUCGCAAACACUACUGCACUCAUCGUGGAUCUUAGGUACAACAUUGGAGGACCUACAUCUGCCAUCCCGGCCCUGUGUUCCUAUUUUUUUGACGAAGGAAGGCCUGUUCUCCUCGAUACUGUUUACAACAGACCUACUGACACCACCUCCGAACUGUGGACACUUGCACACGUAGCAGGUGAGCGAUAUGGCUCUAGAAGGGAGUUAAUCCUCCUCACCAGCAACUUCACCUCGGGAGCAGCUGAGGAGUUUGUCUUCGUGAUGAAGAAGCUGGGGAGAGCUCUGGUUGUCGGCGAGCUGACCAGCGGCGGUUGCCACCCUCCGCAAACCUACCAUGUGGAUGACACCCAGCUGUAUCUGAGCAUCCCUACGGUCAAAUCCUCCAACCCGGACGGAGAGUCCUGGGAAGGAACUGGAGUCGCCCCUCACCUCGAGGUCGCUGCUGAAACCGCGCUAGAAAAAGCCAGAGACCUCUUGAGAAGUCACUUACAUAGAGACUCCUAAUGUAGCAUCAGGUGGUUUAUAAACAACAUAUAAACCCCAAAGUUAAACACGAAUGGUAAUUUAAUGACUUUCACCGAGAAUUAGGGGGAAUCCAGGAUUAAAAGUAAUUGUCAAUUGACGUGCAUUCGAAGCCCAGUUCUCUUUAUGCCAGUCACUCUGGAACUCAUUCUAUAACCCUUUCUCACAAAUGCAAAUAUCUAUGGUGUGAAUGUGCUACCAGUGUGGGAUACUGGAGGACACUGCAUCCUAACUUCAGACAUUAUGACACAGUUGGACCUUAUCUUUGCCGUGUGCUCCAUCCGCGUUCUUCUCGUUCGACCCAUUAUUCUGUACAUUCCGCCUUCUCAUCGGGAAAUAUCGUGCACGUUUCGGCGCGCUGGGGUUAAUUUGGCGUGUGACUCGGCGAUUAAUACAAUAAAUUGUUAAAAACUAAGAACACUUUGAUGUGUCUAUCUGUUCUGGUGUGUUGCCUAAACUUUAAGCCAAACUCAU